AUGAGCCAGGAGCUGGCGCAGUUGCUGGUGCGGUCCCCCGGCUCACCUCAGGAGCCAGGCCCCCUCACUAGCACCAACCUGGCAGCCGCACUGGGGGUGCUGGCCAGGAUGGUGAGGGGCCGGAGGAAGGGGAGGAGCGGUGGCGUGACCAGGAGCGGGACCAGCACGAGCGGGAGGAGCGGGAGCACAACAGCAGCAGCGGCAGCAGCUGGAGGAGGCGGAGGAGAUGGCGCGGGCGGGGUCUCGGGAGCUGGGAGUGGCAAACAGCGGGUACAGCGGCUGCUGCGGGUGCGGUGGCAAGAGGGGCAGCAGCAGCAGCGGAAUCGGCUGGCGCGAGACGAUGACGGCGAAUGGGACUCGGAUGAUCCGGGCUUGGAUCUCGAUCUGGAUCUGGGUUAUGUGAAGAAUGAGCCGGGUUUUGUACGGCAUGAGGAAGGGUACGCGGGAACUGGGACGGCGGCGGCAGUGGAGGCGGAGCCGACGCAUGUGUACGGCAGCCCAGCGGAGCUGGCGGCGGAGCUGGCGGAGCUAGUUUUGACGCGCCAUCUGGGAGAUCUGACGGCUUGGGAGAUCAGCAACGUCACCUGCGCCCUUGCGAUACUUGCGCCCCUUAUUCUGGGGACUCCCCGAUCUGUACGGCAGCGGCGCUGGCGACGGCGGCUGCAGCAGCCGCAGCAACAGCUGGCGGAGGCGGCCCCCUUCUCUUCGUCGCUGUCACCGCUUCCUGCAGGUCUGCCGCCCUCCUUCUCCCGCAGUGCCGCUGCUGCGGCGCUGCAGGCAGCCUGCGCCGCCCACUGGCACUGCUUCAGCGAUCAGGAGCUGACUGCUCUUUUGUACGGCAUGGUCAAACUGGAUCCAAGAUCUUUGUAUGAGGAUCCGGUAUCGUCUGAGGACGGCGCUGAUUCAUUCCAAAGCAACUUCACCAGCAGCACCACCACCACCACCACCAACAACAACAACAACCUCACAGGGUGUUCCGAAACCACCACCACCACCUGCGCAUCCUCGUGGCUGGCUACCUGGUUUCUGGUUUCGGAGCGGCAUGUGGGCUCGCUGGGUCCCCGCGGGCUGACGGUGGUGCUGUGGGCACUCGUACAGCUGCGGCAACGGCGGCAGGGCUGCCGACGACGGCGUAGCCGCCGUACACCGCUCCAUGCAGCGGCGUCGCUGUCGCCGCCGUCGCCACCCGCCAGCUGGGCUGCGCAAAUACGGUCCCGACUUUUCAUCCAGCUGCCACAUAUCUACCCAGUAGCGCUGGUGCAGGUCGCGUGGGGCCUGGCGCGGCUACAGCCCUGGCUGAUUCCGUUGAAAGGGAGGGCAGCGCCGGGGACGGCAGAUUCAGUCACAGCUACAGCCGCAGUCGCGGCUGGGCAGCAGGCAGCUCCAAAACCUCCGUUACCACAUUCUCCUACUGACGCAGAGGUCGAUAGAGCGGAGGUUUCGGAGCUGCUGGCGCUGCUAACCCGAGCGGCCAUUCGAAAGGCCCCGCAGCUGGAUUCGCUGCGGGACCUGGCGCAGCUCUCUUGGGCGGUGUGCCGGCUGCAGGAAUCGAUCUGGGGCCUUCGCGCGACCGCCCUAGCGAGUUCGAGGCCCGUAUCGAAGCCCGCUGCUCCGUCCUCUGGCGGCUUGGUUUCCGCCUCCACUGCUGCAAUUGCUGUAAGUGCCGCCACGGCCGGUUCGGCUGGACGGCGGCAAUGUGGAGGAGGGAGCGCGGAGAACAUGACUGGGACUGGGACCGAGGCUAAGGCUGGUGGUGCCGUGGUGGGCUUGGUAUCGGGCAAGUCGACGGAAGCUGGCGGCGAGACAGCAGCAGCCAGCCUUGAGACAGGGACCUUUCCUAAGUCGGCGACGCUGCUGGUACCGGGCCAGCAGCAGCAAGAGCAGGAGCUGGCGGAGGUGGAAUGGAACUGGGACGUGGACCCGACGGCUAGGUGGGAUGACGUGGCGAGGGCCGAGCCGCAGCAGCAGCAGCAGCCGCUGCCGAUAUCGGCGAAGCGGGCGGAGCUGGUGUUGCUUACCGCCCGGCCUGCGCGACCCACCGGCUACCAUACAUCGCCACAAGAGCCGCCACCGCUGCCGCAGCAGCAGCGGCAGCAGCAGCCGCCCGCUGGGCCCACUCCCAUUCCGGUUACCAUCCACGCCGUGCUACAGCCACCUCAGCAGCAGCAGCAGCAGCAGCUGUCAACACCACCCUGGAGCUGCCAAACCCCGUCCUCACCCAGGAGCGCCCUAUUCGGUUCCGGUUCCCAAAUUGACGGCGAGAUCGCCAUGGGGUUGGAGGGCGCUGAGAUGAGCGUUGGGCAGGGCGCUGAGGAAUGCGGCAGCAGCACCAACACCAGCAGCAGCCGCUGCGGCGGAGACGGAGACGGAAGCAGCAGCAGCAGCUGCCCUCUUCAGCAGCAACAGCACCAGCAGCAGCAGCACGCCUUGCACAGCCCUCAGGAUUGGCGGUGGCACCAGAACUCACAGUCGCUUCUGCUGCCUCUUUUGCGGGAGCAGCAGCACCAGCAGCUCUGGUCCCAAGUCAACUCCCCGGAGACGUCCCGCCAUCCUCAUCAUGGCGACCAGCACCAACAGCAGCCACAGGCCCAAGCUUGGCCUCCCCCUGACAACCGCGAGCAGCAGCAGCACCACCACCGCCACCAACACCAGCAACAACAGCACCACCUCUACCAGUACCCGCACCAGCACCAUUCCCCCCACCGUUACGACGACCCGCGGCAACAGCAGCCCCCGCAGCACCCGGUACCGGGCCCAAGGCAAUCGCGGCCUGGAGGCGCUGGGCCAGGGGCGGUUGCCGCCGCACCCGCACCCACUGCAUCGAGCCCGUCGUGGCUUCCCCAAAUGGAUCGCGUGGCACAGCUGGGCAGAUGUGUACUGCAGCGCUGGCAGCAGUUGAGCCGCGACGACCUCCCUGCGGCAGCAGCAGUAGCAGCGGCUGCAGAGCUCUGCGGCCUUGCCAACGUGUUGCAGCUGGUCUCCACUCGUCGGGAGCUGCGGCGUCUGCUUGGGCCCCUGGCCUCCCUCACACUGCGGCGCGCGGCAACCACCACCGCUAUCACAGGGGCCCGCGGAGGAGGCGGGACUCCGGCGGCUAGGGUUGCUGCCCAUACGGCAGCGGUGGAGACAUCGGCGGUGGUGAGGAAGAGGCGGCGGUUGAGUGACGAGGCCGGGGCUGUCGCCGCGCGGACCCUGAUAGCUCUGGCGAGGGCGCGGGUGCGGGGGGUCUUCGGCGGCAGCAAGGAGGCGGCCUCCGGCGAACAGCGGCAUCUGCAUCAGCCCAUGGUGGUGGUGGUGGUGAUAAUGUUGUGGAAGGAACGUCGGUCCAUACGGAAGCCGGAAGAGAAGCGGCAGCAGGAGAUGAUCGUCGCGAGGUGGUCAGAUACGGUCGAAACGCGGCCUCUGGCCCCGCGUGGUCCGGCUGGCGGCGGUUCAUUGGGCUGCUGCCGCCGCUGGACCUACUAUCCACCAGUCGUACGGGUCACGCAGCUGGCACCGCCGCGGCGGCGGCGGUACACGUCGGCUGUAGCCUUCUACGACAGCAGCAGCAGCAAGUGGCGGGGGCGGGGGCGGGACCGGGCGCCGCAGCUCAUCAGGAGGGGAAGCGGCGUCACACUGACGUCGAAGCCGUCGCUGCUGCCGGCCACGCCAGAGCCGUACAUUGUACGGCAGUCAGCGGAGGACCCGGCGUCAGGAGCUCCAGCGGAUCGGCGGCUGGGGCUGCGGGAUCUGGCGGUAUUGGGCUGGGCUUUGGGGGUGAUGGCGUGCGACGGCGGAGGCGAGGAGAAGGUGGAGGGCGAGGCGGAGGGCGGCGAGCUGGUUGGGAGGUGGGCCGCGUCGUUGCAUGCUCUGGACUCAGCCCCAUCUGCAGCCUCCUGUGGUACCAAUAGCACCAAUAGCAGUAGCACCGGCAGCAGCAGCAUGGCUCCUUCCACGAGGGUAGCCACGUCGUCCCCUGGCGGUGGUGAUGUGGUGGACUGCAAAGAAAGGGGCCCCGGCGGUCCGCUGCUGCCCACGCGAGCCCCCGACCAGGAGGCCAAGGCGGCUCGCGGCGGUGGCGGAGGCGGUGGCGGUGGCGAAGAAGACCUUGGUGAUAUCCCGGUGGCUGUAGCGGGUUCGGAACUACAACAGCGGCAGCAGCAGUUGCAGCGGCAGGCGGCGUCCUCUGGUCCUGGUUCGGCCGGGGGCCGAUUCCCGCGGUCUGCUGCAUUUACCGAGUGGUGUAAGGCAUGGUCUCGGAGCAUCUCCGUGUACGACAUCGUGAGCGCCCCGGUUGCGGAGCUGUGCGCGGUGCUGUCCGCCUGGGCGGCUUUGCGCUGGCGGGUGGAUGCCCGGACGCAGGCACUUGUACUGCGCAGGUUGGUUUCGGAGCUGCCCGCAUUGGAGGCCCACCGGUUGGCAGCUCUGUCGGCUUCCCUGGAGUCUCUGGGCUGGCGCCUGCCCCCGGUCUGGGCUGAGUGGCUGACGGAGUGCAGUGAGGUUGACGACCGCUGCCACCUCUUCCACACCACCACCACCACUACCACCCCCGGGCCCGAGUCGGUCAAUGCGACCUCAGCAGUAGCAGCAGUAGCAGUAGCGCCAACGGGGGCCCGCCGCCGCCACGGCCCUGUCAGUGCUCCGCAGACACUCGCGAGCUAA